AUGGUCCAUGUAAAUGCAAAGGAAUUUGUUUGGCAAGACUUUUUAACCAAAGCGCCCAUCCGGCCAACAAUCAUGCUCUGCAAAGAACCACUCGUCUUCUUCACCUGCAUCUAUCUGGCAUUCGAUAUAUACGGCUUCAACACCGGUGAAGAGGGACUCAGCUACUUGUUCGACAGUUAUACUGCUUGUUCUUCGUCGGCUAACGGAACGCCAGGCCCCAAUUGGCAGUUCAUGAGCGCCUGCUCUCCAAUUUGCGGCAGUGCCGAUAUACAGAGCUCUUGGUGUAGAUGGAGCAAGCAGUUUCGUUGGUUUCGUUGCUGCGGUCAUGGGUACCAUCCCUUUCGCAUUCUGGAUCUACGGGAAAGGUUGCUGAAAAAGAGCAAAUGGGCACAAGAAUUGACUUAUGAUUAA